AUAUUUUCUAUUGUCAAAAAUCAGGAAACGUAAACAAACCAAAAAUACCUCAUGAUUUCAUAGCGAAAAUGUCCUCAAACACCAUAUUAGGUAUCGAAUGGAAUCUGUCACCAGACGGCCUCGAUUUGAUCACCAGCAAGGGAACCGUAAAAGACCCCAAACAAUGUUUAACGAAGGCCUUGGACAGCGACCUCAAGUCGAUCGGAAAAUCCGCUCUAGCAAAUUUAACUUCCUCAAGCAAAAUGGUGCUGCAAAUCGCGAAAAUCCGAAACGUCGCGGCUCCCAAAGCCAACGAACAAUCGCAGGCUGCUCCUAGGAUGCUCAAAUUGACAUUGACAGACGGCGACGGUUACGUGCAAGCGAUCGAAGUAGGCCCUGUGACGUCAUUGAAUCGUGACAAAACAGCUCCUGGUACUAAAUGUCUUGUAGAUGGCGCCAAAUUCACUGGAGGUUUUCUUUUGAUUGAUAACAGCAACUUUAAGGUGCUAGGAGGUCGUGUUGAGCAUUUGUAUGACAAGUGGCAGGUGGCCAAAAAUGUCAAAAAGGAUCAUUUGAUUGGUAGCAGUGGCGGGGCUCCACCAUGGGUGCCUUUUGGUCAUAAAUUAGCUAAAUUGCAAGAAACCACUUCUAAAGAGGCAAAGGAAGUUAAAGAUGAAGCAAGUGAGUUUGAAUUGCAAAGGAAAGAAGCUAUAAUGGAGGUCAGUUCGGGGGCAGUUAAAAAAACUUUUGGUGGCAGAGUGAGGCAAAAUGUUGUUUCGAUGCCACAACAGCAAAAGUAUGUCAAGAAUGUCAGAAAAUCCUUUAGACAUGAGGACGAAGAGGAAAAACCACAAAGACCUUUGGAAAAGGUUUCAUUGUUUUCCUUUUUGGAAGAUAAAUUGCCUCAGACAAGUGCCUCCACAACCAAACAGCUACCUCAUUAUAACCUCGAAAAACAACAAUUCAACAAAAGCAAUAAUUACGAUUCUAGACAAAAUGGCUACGUACAAACCAAUAAUACUCCUAGGAAUCAACAUAAUAAUAAUUAUCACUCUCAGAAUCAAGAUGGCUAUGGAAAACAAUCUCGCUACUCUAAAAACAACGAUGUUGCCAAUAGCUACCAAAAACCGAGAAGUUUGGCAACAGAGCAACGUUUAGCAGUACAAACAUACAAUCAAGAUGGCGGCUAUAAAAAACAAUCUAACGAUGUUACUAAUGGCUACCAAAAAUCAAGAGGUUUGGCAGCAGAGGAACAGAAUCAAGAUGGUGGCAAUAGAAAACAAUCUAACUACUCUAAAAGCGAUGUUGUCAAUAACUACAAAAAACCAACAAACGUGGCAACAGAGCCAAAAUACAAUAAUAGAAAUAGUCGAGAACAAUAUCAAAACAUAACAGUAGAAGAUCGUAAGCAAAACGUCAAUAAUCUGUCAAAUUCCAUGUCAAAAAUGUCAAUCAACAGCGAGUUUGCCACGCGUACGCUUAGAAACCAUUUGAAUUUGCCUACUACUACGGUGCAGCAACAGGUGGCUCCCUCUGCCAUUACCAGUUUGAAUGUAGGCGAUCAGUGCAUGGCCAAAUACUGGGAAGAUGGGAAAUUGUAUCCGGCCAGUAUUGCCGCUGUGACGGAUCGUACCUACGCGGUGAGGUUUCAGGGAUACGGCAACAUCGAGGAGGUGCUCAGGCAGGACUGUUUUCCUGUUAAUCAGGAUAAUAAUUAUCAGCGGCAACAACAGAGGGAUUUUCGAGGGAAUUCUUUGGAGUUUCGGAAUAAUAGGCGUAGGAAUUAAAUGAAUAAGCAAUACAGUUUUUCUAAUAAAUUUAUUAACAACA